GUGUCGCUCUAAUAUUAGUUUCGAACCAUGCAGUGGAGUGUACGGUUGAGUAUAAAGGACCGGCGACCACGGCAGGAAAGCCGUCCGUGGAGAAUGUAGUCAUCAAGCUAGACAAGAGCAGCUGUCGGUGGCCCCUUUCCUCGUCCGCGGACACCAUCAAGCCGCCGUUGUACUUGUACUACGUUCUGCAGGGUUUCUACCAGAACCACCGGAGAUACUUGCUUUCUCGCAACCUGGAUCAACUUCAUGGCAAAAUCGUGACGGACAAAUCGCGGAUAACGGAGUGCGAACCGCUCGCCUUGUCGUCGGAUGGUUACCGAAUUAAGACGCCUUGCGGGUUGGCAGCGGCUGCGGUGUUCAACGACACGAUUUCUGUGCCGGACUAUACGUUGCAUGAAACAGCAGACGAUAUUGUUUGGUCAGCAGAAUCAGAGUUCAAAAACCCAGUGGACGACGGGUCGGUUGAGUAUCAGAUGUUGGACCAGUGGCUUGAUGAGUCCAUCUUCCCAGGGAAAAUGGAGAACCCUCAUUUCAUGGUUUGGAUGAGGAACGCGGCAUUACCCAAGUUCCGCAAGCUGUAUGGUGUUAUCAAAGACGAAGUGAAGCUACCUAUGGAGAUCAAUGUGGUGAACAGAUACCCUGUAGAGUCCUUCUCAGGAAGGAAAUACAUCAUGCUCAGCCAGAUGUCCUGGGUCGGCGGAAGAAACCCAUCCAUCGGAAUAGCUUUCUGUGUCGUGGGCGGGAUGCUCUUCGCCUUCCUCAUAUUCGUGCUCGUGCAAAAUCGAAAGAAUCCCAGGGUACUUGGAGACGUGCGGUUUUUGAAAUGGAGAAAACAGCACUGA